UACUGAUUCAAGAAGAAAAAGAAUAAAAUAAGUAUCGGUAUAGUUUUGUAGAGUAAAGUGACGAAGAGAGGAGAAAAGGGGUGGUGGAGAUGGAGAAAGAGAGAGAGAGGGAGGUGUUGACUGUGCUGCACGGUGGUAUGAUCAUAACCAUGGACGAGGAGCAGCGAGUGUUUAGGGAUGGGGGAAUCGUGGUCGAAGGAGAUAGAAUCAAAGCUAUUGGACAAUCUGCAGAAAUUCUUGCUGAAUUUUCUGAUGUGGCCCACCACAUCCUCGAUCUCACCGGCCAUAUCUUACUCCCUGGAUUUAUUAACACCCACGUCCAUAGUUCCCAACAACUGGCUAGAGGCAUAGCUGAUGAUGUGGACUUGAUGACCUGGUUGCAUCACCGCAUCUGGCCCUACGAAUCCAACAUGACCCAGAACGAUUCUUACCUCUCUACUUUGCUUUGCGGGAUUGAACUCAUUCACUCCGGCGUAACCUGUUUUGCGGAAGCUGGGGGUCAACAUGUGUCUCAAAUGGCUAGAGCAGUCAGCUUACUGGGUCUGCGGGCUUGUUUAACCCAGUCCACUAUGGACUCUGGCCACGGUUUGCCUCCAUCCUGGGCCACUCGAACCACGGAUCAUUGCAUUCAGGUCUCUCUCUAUUCAAACUCCCAAGUAAUAUUCAUUCAUUAUUCACACUUACCGUCUUUAAAACCAUCCACACUUACCAUCUCUAAAACCAGAUUGCAGUAAGAUAGUUUUGUGAAGCUGACAAACCAAAGAAGUAUCUUUAUCUUCAAAACCUGGAGGUUUAGUCGUGUAAACCUCUUCAUCAAGAAACUCAUCAACAAAGACAUUGUUAACAUGUAACUGAAACAAAGACCACUUGUAAGCAACAACAAAAAGUAGAAUAAUGCAAAAGGAGACGGUUUGUAUAACUAGAUAAAGUCUCAUUAAAGUUGAAACCAUACUGUAAAUUGAAACCCUUGGCAACUAAUCCCAUUUGGGUUUCCCAUAACACAGAACACCCGUUUACAACCACUAGUAUGAAAAUUAGGGGGAAGAGGAACUAAAGACCGGGUAUUCUUCCAUUGAAGAGCAAGAAGUUCAUCUUGCAUAGCACCAAACCACUUUGUAUCCUGUAAGG